ACAAAGCCGGGCUCGGCGGCUGCCGGGGAGCAGUGUGCCGCUGUCCCGGCGCCGCGGCUCAUCCCUUCCUUCCGCCGGGUUCCGCCUUCGCAGCGCCCGCCCUCCAUCGCUGCCUGCCCGCCGCCGGCGGGCGCGGGGCCGGGGCAGCGCCGCGCCAUGGAGGAGGCGGCCGCCGCUGCCGGGGCACCGCCGCCCGCCGCUGCCGGUGAUGCUGGUGAUGCCGCCGGGGCCGAGCCAUCUCCCGGGGCCGCCGCCGCUCCGCGCCGGCCGCUGGCGCUGCUCGCGGCCAAGCUCUGCACCUGGCAUGUUUUGAAAACUGUAAUUCUGGGCCAGGUGCUCUCCUUGUUUAUCUGUGCGACUGCUGUUACAAGCCAGUACCUGGCAGAAGUAUUCCACGUGAAAACUCCAAUGUUGCAAAGUUUCAUCAACUAUUUAUUGCUGCUUCUAGUUUAUACAUCAAUGCUGGCAUUUAGGACUGGCAGUGACAAUCUUGGGCAGAUUUUGAAACAGAGGUGGUGGAAGUAUGUUUUUUUGGCACUGGCUGAUGUUGAAGCCAAUUACGUGAUUGUAAAAGCCUACCAAUAUACAACCCUCACAAGUGUGCAGCUCCUGGACUGUUUUGGGAUUCCUGUGCUGAUGGCUUUGUCCUGGUUCCUUCUCGGGGCAAGAUACAAGCUGAUCCACUUUAUUGCUGUUGCCAUCUGUUUGCUGGGUGUGGCAACAAUGGUGGGUGCAGACAUUUUGUCAGGGAGGCCGGAAGGUGAAGGUAGUGACGUGGUGAUUGGAGAUCUCUUAGUGCUUCUUGCUGCUUCUUUGUAUGCCAUUUCUAAUGUGGGUGAGGAAUACAUUGUGAAAAAUCUGAGCAGAGUGGAGUUUCUAGGAAUGGUGGGCUUGUUUGGGACUAUUAUCAGCGGUCUACAGCUAGCCAUUGUGGAACAUAAGGACUUAAUGAGAAUUCAGUGGAGCUGGAAAAUUGCACUUCUGUUCAUGGGCUUUGCCCUGUGCAUGUUUGGGCUGUACAGCUUCAUGCCAGUUGUGAUUAAAGUUACCAGUGCAACCUCUGUCAACCUGGGGAUUCUGACUUCAGAUCUCUACAGUCUCUUCCUUGGGCUCUUCCUGUUUAAGUACAAGUUUUCAGGCCUUUACAUCGUGUCCUUUGUUGUCAUCAUGGUGGGCUUCACCUUGUACUGCUCCACCCCGACUCAUAGGGCAGAGGCCACGGCGCUGCCGCAGCCCGGCGGCUCCGGCCAGGACAACGCGGCGCUGAAGCUGGAGGAGAGCGACGGCGACCCCGCCCUGGCCGCGCAGCUCGCACCGGGAGAGCCUGUGGUGGUCAGCGCCCAUUAAACUCAUGGCAGCACUUCAAACACAGCUUUGCUCUUGAUUAUCCCCUCAGAUAGUAAUCCAGAGAGCUGUCCUGCUGCCAAGGCACAUGUGCUACUGUGCUGGCUUUAGGGCACUUGAUAGACUUUUAAGGCCAGAUCCUCAAUCAGUGAAACUGUAUUGAUUUGCCCUUGCAGAAAAUCUGGCCUCUAGACAAAGACAGAUUAGUAUUUAUGUGGAGUCUCUGGAAAGUAAGAGACUGUUAUUUUAAAGUGCUUAAUUAACUUUACAAGAAAUGCUUGGGGGAAAAAAAACUAAGCCAAAGCAAGCUCCCAGGUCACUUAAUGGGGAGCAAAUAUGUUUUAUAUUGCAUUUGGGACCUAAAUCUGCAUGAUGCUGUCUGAAGGCUUCAUGGUUUCCACCCCUCGAUGCAGGGUACCCUCAGAUAGCAUCUUGCAAAAGCUGCUCACCUUCUCAAAGGACCUGGUUCUGCAAGCCAUACUCCUUCUACAUGCCAGUGGACUUCAUUCCUCUACGGAAGGAUUUGCUGCCUACAUUCCACCCAAAUGUUCAUCUCUUCACAUUACUGCACUCCCUGUUGCAGCUGGGGCUGCAACGUGUAUUUUAUGUUGAAUUUUGCUAGUAUAGGAAGUCUGAAUAUGUGUUUUUAUGAUUCCUCCUGUGGCCUUUUGUUUAGUGCAUUCCUAUUAACUGUGGGAGAGGCAAAGGCAGGCUCUUCCACUCUGCAGUAGAACUGAAAGUGGGCAUUUUUUCUGGAUGAGAAAGCAAAAAGGUUUGAAUGGAAGUUCACUUCUCAGUGAAUUUUUCCCUAAAACAGGACACAUUUCUGCUGAAAGAGUUGUAAUAAAAUUGGCAUUUUUUCAAAAAAUUGAAUCAUCUAAGCCAACUCUCAUGGCAACAAUAAUGACAUAAUAUCCAAAAGGUUAGGUGCUUUCAGUAGAUACACUGGCAAUUUUCCUACCCUCUUUAUUUUUACAAUAAGUGAUGAAAAAAUACAAGGCUGCAGUUUUAAAAUUGGUUAAACCAUACUGGGAUUUUAUUUUAUAUUUUGUACAAGCCUUAAGAUCUCAGGUGUAUAAAGUAAAAAAAGAAUAAAGUAUUCAGCAGCUGGA